UCUUUGCUCUCUGUGCCAUUCAUUGGAAGUGGAGCCGCUUAUAACGUGCAUUGGUACAUAGAUGAGAUAAGAGCUGCUGUCAGUAGGUCUCUCAUCCUGGGAAGAAGGCAGAAGCAACUGGACAGACAGAUCCGAGCCACCCGGUGCACCCACAACUUGUGCAUUUUUGACUCACAGACGCGCACUGACUGCAGCCCAGGACCUGUCAGUUUAUCUAGUCUACAGCAAUAAGCAAACUACAACCGAAUAUGGAGCGCAAAAUCCCAGAUUUCUCCGGCACUUGGGAGAUGAAGAGCUCUGAAAACUUUGAGGAGCUCUUGAAAGUGUUAGGUGUGAAUGUGAUGCUGCGCAAGAUUGCAGUGAAGGCGGCCUCCAAGCCGCUGGUGGAGAUUACACAGGAUGGAGAGACACUGUCUAUUAAAACCUCAACUACAGUCCGAACCACCCACAUCACCUUUACUGUUGGGGAGGCGUUCAACGAGGCCACGGUGGACGGACGUCCCUGCACGAGUUUUCCAUGUUGGGAAACAGACACCAAGAUCAGCUGUGAGCAGACUCUGCAAAAGGGGGAGGGGCCUAAGACAUCCUGGACCCGAGAGAUGACCAGUGACGGCAAGAUGAUCUUGACCAUGAGAGCAGACGAUGUGAUAUGCACCAGAGUCUACGAACGGCAACAGUGAACAAGAGCACUUCUCACUUUUUGUCCUUCCAGCCCCCCCUCUCCAGCAUCACCGCUUUGCGUCACCGCUCCUCUUUGUCAGCCUAUAGUUUUAUUCCAGCAUCUGUGUUAGCGUCACUAUGUAAUAGGCGUGGUAAUUGUAUUUAGCAUGUCACAUGUACACUAUAGUCUUAGCUCCUGUGUUGUUUGUCUUUCCAGCCCAUCAAACUUGACCAGCUGAAGAUUUAAACAUGAAAAAUGUAUUCUAUGUUUUAUGUUGACUUGCUAAGUAACAUUUUAUGUAUUUGGCAAUGCGUGUGUGUGUGUGUGUGUGUGUGUGUAAGCAGACGGGGUGUGAGUCUAUAUUUGUAGCUGUGUAAACCAACCUAUGUGCUCUUCCAGUUUCAGGUCAGUUUUGAUGUGUCCCUCUGUGCUUUCCGUUACCCUGCCCUUACAACUUUAACCUUUUCUAUCUCAACAUUUUAUAUUUAUUACUACACUAGAGUCGGUUUUUACAUUGUGUCUCUUUUAUAUGAAACGUGAUCGUAGGAAACAACACUUUCUAUGGGAAAACAAUAAACUACGAUAUUAACUCA